GCCCCCGGCCCCGGCCCCGGCCCCCGGGUGCCUGGGCCGGAUGUCCCGAUGAGAGAGCCGGCGCUGGCAGCCAGCGCCAUGGCUUACCACCCGUUCCACGCGCCACGGCCCGCCGACUUUCCCAUGUCCGCCUUCCUGGCGGCAGCGCAGCCCUCCUUCUUCCCGGCGCUAGCGCUGCCGCCCGGCGCGCUGGCCAAGCCUCUGCCCGACCCCGGCCUGGCGGGGGCGGCGGCAGCAGCGGCAGCAGCAGCGGCGGCGGCCGAGGCGGGGCUGCACGUCUCGGCACUCGGCCCGCACCCGCCCGCCGCGCAUCUGCGCUCGCUCAAGAGCCUGGAACCGGAGGACGAGGUGGAGGACGACCCCAAGGUGACGCUGGAGGCCAAGGAGCUGUGGGACCAGUUCCACAAGCUGGGCACCGAGAUGGUCAUCACCAAGUCCGGGAGGCGGAUGUUCCCCCCCUUCAAGGUGCGAGUCAGCGGCCUGGACAAGAAGGCCAAGUACAUCCUGCUGAUGGACAUCGUGGCUGCGGAUGACUGCCGAUAUAAGUUUCACAACUCACGGUGGAUGGUAGCAGGCAAAGCCGACCCGGAGAUGCCUAAGCGCAUGUACAUCCACCCGGACAGUCCGGCCACGGGCGAGCAGUGGAUGGCCAAGCCGGUGGCCUUCCACAAGCUGAAGCUCACCAACAACAUCUCGGACAAGCAUGGCUUUACAAUCCUGAACUCCAUGCACAAGUACCAGCCUCGCUUCCACAUCGUCCGAGCCAAUGACAUCUUGAAGCUCCCGUACAGUACCUUCCGCACCUACGUCUUCCCAGAGACGGACUUCAUCGCUGUCACUGCCUACCAGAAUGACAAGAUUACACAGCUGAAGAUCGACAACAACCCGUUUGCCAAGGGCUUCCGGGACACCGGGAACGGCCGUCGGGAGAAAAGGAAGCAGCUAACGCUGCCGACUCUCCGCUUGUACGAAGGGCAUUGCAAGCCGGAGCGUGACGGCGCUGAAUCCGACGCCUCGUCCUGCGACCCUCCGCCUGCGCGUGAACCACCGCCUUCCCCCAACGCAGCGCCCAGUCCCCUGCGCCUGCACCGGGCCCGAGCAGAGGAGAAGCCGUGCGCAGCCGACAGCGACCCUGAGCCCGAGCGCCCGGGCGAGGAGCGCGCCGCAGCGUCCCUAGGCCGCAGCCCUACGCAGGACGCCAGCCCUGCUCGCUUGACCGAACCCGAACGCUCCCGGGAGCGGCGCAGCCCGGAGAGGGGCAGCAAGGAUCCGAGCGAGGGCGGUGGGGACGGCCCGUUUAGCCUGAGGAGCCUGGAGAAGGAGCGCGCCGAGGCCCGGAGGAAGGACGAGGGGCGCAAGGACGUGGGCGAGGGCAAAGAGCCAAGCCUGGCGCCGCUGGUGGUGCAGACAGACAGUGCGUCCCCCUUGGGUGCGGGCCACCUGCCCGGCCUGGCCUUCUCCAGCCACCUGCACGGCCAGCAGUUCUUUGGGCCGCUGGGAGCUGGCCAGCCCCUCUUUCUGCACCCAGGACAAUUCGCGAUGGGACCCGGAGCCUUCUCCGCCAUGGGCAUGGGUCAUUUGCUAGCCUCGGUGGCUGGCGGCGGUGGCAAUAGUGGAGGCGCCGGGCCUGGAACCGCGGCGGGGCUGGACACAGGCGGGCUGGGUCCCGCAGCCAGCGCCGCAAGUACCGCGGCGCCCUUCCCGUUCCACCUCUCCCAGCACAUGCUGGCAUCUCAGGGAAUCCCAAUGCCCACUUUCGGAGGCCUCUUCCCCUACCCCUACACUUACAUGGCAGCAGCGGCCGCCGCCGCCUCCGCUUUGCCCGCCACCAGCGCUGCAGCUGCUGCCGCGGCCGCCGCUGGUUCCCUAUCACGGAGCCCAUUUCUGGGCAGUGCCCGGCCCCGCCUGCGCUUCAGCCCCUACCAGAUCCCUGUCACCAUCCCACCUAGCACUAGCCUCCUUACCACCGGGCUGGCGGCGGAGGGCUCCAAGACUGCGGGCGGAAAUAGCCGUGAACCCAGUCCACUGCCUGAGCUGGCUCUCCGAAAAGUGGGGGGCCCAUCCCGCGGGGCCCUAUCGCCCAGUGGCUCAGCCAAAGAGGCGGCCAGUGAACUACAAAGCAUCCAGAGACUGGUGAGUGGGCUGGAGAGCCAGCGAGCCCUCUCCCCAGGCCGGGAGUCGCCCAAGUGAGGGGCUGCUUGGCUCUGCUGGGCUGCCACACGACCCUCCCGGGCUGGGCUGUCUGCCUCGACUGCUUGGGACGCGUACAGCACAGAAUGGGUAUUUAUUUAAAUAAAGGAGGAAAAGCAGGCUUUGGCGGUCAGAACAGAGCCUCUCGUGGCAGGUCUGGGGUGUGGGCUGCUUCCCUGGCGUCUCAACCCCGGAACAGUCACUCCGGAUCCCCUGGAUUUGAUCCAGAUAUGCUUGAGAGUCAAUUACGGGGGCACCCCUUUCUUUCCGAGCCCAGCGGUCCCUUUGGAGGCCACAACACGCAUAAGGUAGCGAUGUAAAGCAUCUUCGUAAAGCAUCCCACAAUCCUUGGCCUUGGGCCU